UGCCCGGGGAGGGCAGCACUGUUCCCAUCUCUGCCCCGGGUCAGUUCUCGGUCGGCCCAUGAAUUCCAUCUGCCCCUCGAGUCAAGCUUUAAAACAAGUGCCUCCCGCAUCCUCCACGGCACCAAUCGUGUUCACCGGUCGGACCGAAGGUUCUUUCUUGGUCUUGCCCUCUCGCAUCACUUUCUUCCCCACUUCUCUAUUCUCUCGACCCUUCUUCCCUUAUUCUGCCGCCAUUUCUUUCUUUUCCCUUCUAUCCCUCGAUAAAGAAGACCUUCUAUCCUUCCAUUAGGAAGAUAUCCUCGAUAUAGAUACGUAGAAUAGGAAGGGAACGCGGAGAGACAGGGGAAGAGAGAGAAGAGAGGUGGGAUAAAGCAUGCAGCAGCCUUCGCAUCCGAUGGCUCCCAUGCCUCCAAUGUCCACCCAGAACAUCACCACCGAACAGAUUCAGAAGUACCUGGAUGAAAACAAGCAGCUGAUUUUGGCAAUCCUGGAUAAUCAAAAUCUGGGGAAGCUAACAGAAUGUGCUCAGUACCAAGCUCAACUUCAAAAGAAUCUGCUGUAUCUGGCUGCAAUUGCUGAUGCCCAACCACAGGCACCUGCACCUCGUCCGCAGAUGAUGCCACAAGGCACAAUGCCGCAGGCAGGCCAUUACAUGCAGCAGGGACCCAUGUUCCCUCCCAGGGCUCCUUUGCAAUUCAAUCCACAAAUGCAGGAACAGCAGCAGCUUCACCACCAACCACAAGUGCUGCCUUUUCCAGGGCAUAUGGGCAUGAGACCUGGUGCCAUCAAUGGCAUGCAUCCCAUGCAUGCCGAGCCAUCUCAUGGAGGUAGUGCUGACCACCGGCCAGCUCCAAACUUAACUGAGUUCCCACAGGGAAGCAGCACCCCUAGCAGCUCAGUGGAUGGGCGACGAAGCAAGCAAGAUGCAGGUGGUGCCACCUCUGAACCCGCUGCUGCUGAUGACCAAAGGAACUCAGGGAUGGGGAGAAACAGGGAUGGCGAACCAAACUUAGCUGAAAAGGCCUGAAGAUGCUAAAGACACCAUGAGCUUUGAGCUCUGGAAUGAUAAAUUUGAAAGCAUGGUAUAUAUAACCAAAUGGCUGAUCUAAUGGUGACCUUUUCUGCCUCUUCUGAUAAAUGUUCGUACCUCUGCACUUGACUUAUGUUUUUGGUUUUGAGCCUUCAGUUGUCCAGGUUGGUCCUUUAACUUUCAUCAGUGCUUGAAUUGUAUCAUGAUGAAUCUGUGAUUUUAUACACCUGUAGUUUUGUUGGUGCGAUGCUAAUUGUUCUAUCAAAGUAACAGGUUAAGUU